CCCCUUACACCAUUUCUUCCCUUCUUCCAGGUCAUUUUUAGGGGAGGAAAUGCAGACAUAGAGGGUACUGACCCCAGAAACAGAUCAGGAGGUUCAUACUUGCCUGAGGUGUAACACUUUCCCAGCGAUUUAUGGUAACCCACUCUGACCCCUCCACACCACUGUUCCACAUAGCUCCUGAACCAUGGGAGAAAAUGAGGAUGAGAAGCAGGCCCAGGCCGGCCAGGUCUUUGAGAACUUUGUGCAAGCUACCACAUGCAAAGGCACCCUCCAGGCCUUCAACAUCCUCACCUGCCUCCUGGACCUAGAUCCGCUGGACCAUAGAAACUUCUACUCUCAGCUCAAGUCCAAGGUGAACACCUGGAAAGCCAAGGCCCUAUGGCACAAACUGGAUAAGCGUGGCUCCCACAAGGAGUAUAAACGAGGGAAAGCCUGCAUGAACACCAAG